UUGGAAAACAAAACAAAAAGGCUUUGGUGCCAUUUGCCCUCCGGCAAUCCUCCCCGCAGGCACCAAUCUCGGAGGCAACGCCCAGACGAGCAAGGGAAGGGGGGAUCGAGCGCAUCACUCGCUAGCGAGAGCUACAAGGAGCGGACACACACACGCCGACCGCGGGAGCGAGCGAGAUCUCCCCUCCCCCCUCUCUCCAGCCACCGCGAUCUGACCUGAUCUCGCCGCCGCCCGGGCCGGAGAAGGGAGAAGAGGAAGAGGAUAUGGCUCCCGUGUCGGCGCUGGCCAAGUACAAGCUGGUCUUCCUCGGCGACCAGUCCGUCGGCAAGACCAGCAUCAUCACCCGCUUCAUGUACGACAAGUUCGACAACACCUACCAGGCUACCAUUGGUAUUGACUUCCUGUCGAAGACAAUGUACCUUGAAGACAGAACUGUGAGACUCCAACUCUGGGAUACAGCUGGUCAGGAAAGAUUCAGGAGUUUAAUUCCAAGCUAUAUCAGAGACUCUUCAGUUGCUGUCAUCGUUUUUGAUGUUGCAAGCAGGCAAUCUUUCUUAAAUACUUCAAAGUGGAUUGAGGAAGUCCGCACUGAGAGGGGAAGUGAUGUUAUCAUUGUGCUUGUUGGGAACAAAACCGACCUUGUCGACAAGAGGCAAGUCUCGAUAGAGGAAGGGGAAGCCAAGGCGAAGGACCUUGGUGUGAUGUUUAUUGAAACCAGUGCUAAAGCUGGUUUUAACAUUAAGGCGCUGUUCCGUAAGAUUGCGGCUACACUUCCUGGAAUGGAGACCCUCUCGUCAGCGAAGCAGGAAGACAUGGUUGAUGUGAACUUGAGGUCCGGCAAUGCGAACUCAUCCCAGUCUCAGGCGCAGACUGGGGGAUGCAGUUGUUAGCUCCAGUCCCUAACACUCACUACUCAUGAUCUCAAGACCCCAGAGCGGUCAGAAUGCAUCCCUUCUGUUUCAGGAAGGAGAGUUGAUUGUCUCUCCAGUGAAUCCCAUGCGAGUUUUAGUUCAGUGGACGGACCGAAAUACAUUUGCGUUGGAAUGAUCCGUUUUAUGAAUUUCUAGUAUCUUCAGAGUGGCCUAAGCUAGCAACAGUGUAUAGUUGGGUUGGCACUGGGAACUUCUGGCGUCGAGUUGAGUUUUAGAGAUAGUGAUUGGCUCAUGUUGAACUUAUGUUUACCUCUCCAUCUUGAUGCUGUUAGCCUGAGCCCUGUUUGCUAUGGUGUACUAAACAUAUAUUGGAAUUUUUGUAUAAGCUAUAAUAAGGUCCGCAUGGCAGUAGCCCUAUGCUAUCAACAGAUAUUUGCGCAUGGAAAA